GCAGCGUCCGAGUCGCUGCUGCCGGUGACCGAGAUCCCUCUGGAGAGCCACGGCCCCGGGGACGGGGCGCUGGCCGUGAACGUGUUCGCGUCGGCCGAGGAGCUGGAGCGGGCACAGCGGCUGGAGGAGCGCGAGCGCAUCAUCCGCGAGAUCUGGCGCAACGGGCAGCCCGACAUCCUGGGCUCCGGCACCAUCGGCUCCGUCGGCACCCUGGGCCGUGUCCACUACUACUGAGCCCUGGCACGGGGGCAGCCGCCCUGGCACGGUGCCUGCUCCCCCCAGAGCCGAUCCCACGCCGUGCCAGGAGGGACCGGCAGGACACGGGGGCCGCUUGUGGUCCCUGCACCGGCGGAGCCGCCCUGGGCUGUCCCUGCACCCAGGACAGCC